AUGGUGGAGACAAGCCUCCGUGUCUUGGGUAAGACCGCUGAGUGCUACAAAAGCGGGGCCCCAGAUGAAAUCGGCAUCAUCGUCGGCAACCUGCACACGAUCGAAGGUCUCAAUGAUGAGCUGAAAGGUUUCCUGCCCGAUCCGCUGGGAAAGACUUCUUUCUCUUCUGCGGAGCUGAGGCUAGUUGAGGCGAAUGAACAGUGUUUGAGGCUGUCAGGCGAUUUCAUCCAGCUUCUUGAUAGCCUCAAGGUUACCAAGAAGUCCGUGUGGCGCAGUAUCGGAAUUAGUAUCAAAUCAAUGUGGUAUCAGGACAAACUGGCAAGCUUUGAAAAGGAGAUAUCCGAGAGUCGAGCAAACCUGACCCUGGCUUUCUUGCUGCUCAUGCAUGAGCGUUCCUUGACCAUGCAUAGCCAUGCCAUCAGAACCGCCACUGACGUCGAAUAUCGCAUGUUAGACAUCCUGAAGAAGAAUACGGGCUCGCUCGAGGCAGGAAUUAUCGAACUGACGUCCCGUUUGAAAGAAAUGUCCUUCGAUCAGAGCAAAGACAGAAUGGGUGAAUUCAGUUCUGAACACCAGAUUCAGCUGGCCCAGAUAUCGGAACAGCUCGCGCAAAUUUGGGAGCACCAGAGGGCUUCAGAUCAGGCGAGUAAGUCAUUGGAGGCCUCUAAACAGGGUGUGGCGCCGCAGCACAGGUUACUCCAAAGCUUGCAAUUCCCCCAGAUGCAAGACCGACGGGAGGAAAUAUCCAGAGCUUACGAGAACACAUACGAGUGGCUUUUUCAGGACCACCCUGGAGAGGAGGAGGGCUGGCAUAGCUUUGUUGCUUGGGCUAGAAGACUAGGCAGCCCCCAGAGGAUUUACUGGAUUCAUGGAAAGCCUGGUUCCGGAAAGUCGACGCUAUCUCGCUUCGUUUAUGACAGACUGGAUAUUGACGACCAUCUUCGUCCCUGGGCGGAAUCCCGGGCUGUUGUAAAAGCGGCGCACUUUUUUUGGAAUCCGGGAACGACACUGCAGAAAUCGUGGAUCGGAAUGCUGCGCUCUCUCUUUUCACAGCUGCUUGAUCAGGUUCCCGGGCUCUCUGAGCCGUGCGUCUCUCCCAGCCGAUGGAGAGCAGCACUGUCUUCUGAGGCUAUUUCCACCGAAUGGACCAGUUCAGAGUUGCUUCACGGCAUACAUUCCUUCGUUCGCAAAACCGAAGCCUAUCUAUUCUUCCUUAUCGAUGGCCUCGAUGAACUCCAAGGUGACGAAGAACGCCGGGAGGAGCUUAUCAGUUUUGUGUUUGACCUUGGAAGCUAUACCAACGUCAAGCUCUGCAUAUCAAGUCGGCCAGACAACAUAUUUCGAGAUGCCUUCCAAGACUGUCCCCGCCUGAAACUGGAGAGCCUGACGUACAGCGACAUUCGAAAAUAUGUUGAGCAACGGUUUGCCAAGGAGCGGAGUAUUCGGAACUUAAGUCCAGACAGCCUGUAUAUGAUGAAAGGCUUGAUCACGUUCCUUGUGGACGCAGCCUCUGGUGUUUUUCUGUGGGUGCGGCUUGUUGUCCACGACCUUAUCCGAGCAGCAAGAGACGGCGCGACUUCCGCUGAGCUUGUUGAGAUGGCCCACCAAGUACCGCGUGAUCUCGACAGCUACUUUACGCGAUUUAUCGACUCGAUCCCGCCAGAAUAUAGGCGGGAAGCGUCGUACCUUUUUCAGAUCACGCUCUUCGACGAGGAAUCAUUUACAUCUAUGCAUGGGCUUCGGCUACUUGAUCUCUCUUAUAUAGGCAAAAUUCAGGGCAGCGCCGAUACCCAUGGAGGGUACUACGACACGACCUUUGAUCCGAACAAUAUCCCCGAGCUUGGUUUCAGGCUCGACACUACCGCUCGUCGGGUCAAUAGCAGGUGCCGGGGACUCAUCGAGUGCUAUGAGGGAGAUGGCGACAAAAAUGCGUAUGUUUGGUGUCCAGAUAUAUCGGAGAUGAGCGAGAUAGACUAUGAUGCGCAAUGCCCAUCACCGAGUCAUACCCGCAGCAUGGGGCUCUUGGACGCGUGCAAUCGUCACGUCGGCCUGAUUCAUCGUUCUCUUAGGGACUUCCUAAUGAGCCCAAAAAUUCUCGAACAACUCCAGGCAUCUUCAGAUGGGCCUUUUAACACCAGACUGUUCUUAUGCAAGGCCAGGCUAGCGCAGAUUCAGUCACUUGAUUACGAGGGAAACAAUGUGCAUGCCCAGCUGGCUAUGGGCCUGUCAAGCUAUGUGCUGAGUGCUCUUAGCACCGACGACCUCAAGCACUGUGACGAGUCGGCGCUCAUUGCGACCCAGCUUAGGCCCAUCGUUGAAUCGCUUGCACGCUCUGGGGCACAUGUGUGGUCCAACAAGGGGUGGUACCUUUCCUCAAGCUUCAACGGAUGCGAAGCAGAGAUUCCGGACUUCCUUGGUGUCGCCAUUGAUUUUGAUCUUGUGGCCUACCUCAAGAACGAGUUGACGACACGGGCAAUACAGGCCAAGCGGGGCCUGUCUGUCCUGAACUGCAUCCUCAUUGGUCGUUUUUCCGACUACUUGGGCUCCGAGACCAUGAUUGGAAACCGCUUUCCCAACAUUGAAGUGCUUCGCCUCGCGCUGCAGCUUGGCGCAGAUCCGAACGAGAGCCCUGACGGGAUCUCUGUGUGGGCGGAAUUCCUUGGGCAUCUUGACACCUUGGCUGACAGAGCCGCACCCCCAGCAUAUGCCCAAAAGGCGCAUGUCGAAGCCAUCAGGGCCCUACUUGAAUACGGCGCUCAUCCAGAGCUCCCAAAAUCAUGGUUUACACCUGGACCCUUGAUUCCAAUAUUGGAGUCAGAUCCCAUGCCGGUCUCGAACAUCCUGGAAUGCAUGAUGGACGUUCGACUUCUACUGCGGAUAGAGUUAUGCAAACAAGCUUUUGGUGAGAGCGAUACACCCCUGAUGGCAGAGGAAUUGGAUUCAGUGGUGCCACUGCCCAGAGUUCCGGAACAGACAAACGAAAAUACCUCUAUUAGUACCGAUUCAGGUGACAACGAUGGAUCGAGCGGCUCUACCGAGGACCGAGAACUACAGCGUGCCCAAAUAUUAGCCCAUGCACGAUCAGCCCCAACACCGCCUGCCACUCCUUCUACCCUAGGUAUAAUAGACGAGAUCGAUGUAGACCUCUCAUCGACGGAUAUCAGCGAGCAUGCGCCGGGAUUAUACGUGGCUCGGGCCUGGAUCCGCCCGCGUAACUUCACUCCACAAGAAAUCGAGCAGAUCUUUCGGAGGCUUGAGAUAGACCUCACCCAUGCCCUCUCCAAAAUAAGAGCCAAGAGCUGCAACAAACCGCGCAAUGAAGGCAUGGUUAUGAUCGACAUGCGGAUGGCGGGAACCCCUGCGCGUGGCUCCACCAAAGUAACACUGAGGCCUUGCAUCUGGAUCUUCUGCGGCAGUAAGUGGUGUCAAAAGAUAGUGGAGCGCGACGUCAAAGCUCUUAACUGGCUUGAGUCUCACAAUGUCCGUUGUGUUCGCAAAGGCGGCCCGCUGCUCGCAACUGAUCCGGAAAGCUCCGCUGGAGAUCUCGAUCAACCUCUGGGCAGCCAUCGCAGUCCUGCGGAACGCCUGAGAGACGACCAGGGUUGGUACCAUACAGGGUUGGUGCCAGAAAAUUUCGCCGGAGAAUUCAGUGUCGGAAAUUCAUCGGAAUAUCCUGAAAUAUCACCAUACAUCACAGCGCCAGGUUCGGCUGCUUCCACGCAAUUGCCGCUGGAGGCACCUGGGUAUCAUUGGCAAAGCCAACUUGAACCCUUCGGUGGACACAGUUAUGGCGGAUAUACCGGAUUCGACGCCUCCUCAGUAACCAGCUCCAUGUCUUCGUACAGUCGAGGACGUCAAUCCAGUGGUUCAAGCCUUUCACAACCUCACGGAACUGCAGCCAUCUCUACCGAUGCGCCCUCAAGAGUAGCCCACUAUACCGAUGUGAACAGUACCAUCAACCGUCAGGCUGCGCCCACCCAGGUAUAUGAGCUACCGUGCGAACUACGCAACAUAACGGGUUGCAAUGUAGUAUUCGCUGGCGAUGAUGAACGCGCCUGGAUGGAUCAUAUUGAGAGUCACUUAGGGGGCAGUUUUCCCGUCAAGUUCCGCUGUUGGUUCUGCAAUGACCAUUACUUUGAUGCAAGACAGACUUCUAAUGGAGAUCUCCGCUACACCUUCACGUCGCGGAUGCAGCAUAUCCGCCACCACAUCGUGCAUGAAGGCUACCGGCACGAACAAAUGUUGAGAGAUGGGCACGUUAUUCAACACCUCUUUGACCGCAAUCUCAUAGACAGUCGUACAUAUAAUGGCAUCUGGGAAACGGUGACCGUCCAGAAUCGUCAAGGCCACCGCAGCCACCACAGCAUUCAUAGGGGGAGCCACCUUAGGAAAAAGCUCCCACAGGUCGAAGAGGACGUCGAUGCCAAUCGCAAAAAUAGCCAUGUCAGCAACCACCGCUCGUCAAUCCACAGCAACGAUCACGAGAGCGUGCGACCAUCCAAAGGCAAAAACAGGUUCCGGUCAGACUAUGAGGAAAGUUUUCCAUCUCUCAGCAUGAGCGACAACAAUCAUCAUGCACCGCAAAGCGACUACUACAACCCAGACGCAGCGCAUUCCGUCCGGGCUAGUUUUACUAGCAUGAGCGACAACAAUCAUCAUGCACCGCGAAGCGACUACUACAACCCAGACGCAGCGCAUUCCGUCUGGGCUAGUUUUACUAGCAUGAGCGACAACAAUCAUCAUGCACCGCGAAGCGACUACUACAACCCAGACACAGCGCAUUACGUCUGGGCUGGUGGUACUAGCUACAACGGAGAUAGGAUUCGCCCGGAAGCGCGUAAAGAAAGGCAUUACGGCAGCGAGAUUGAGCUUCCGGUGUUGACAGAACUUCGCCUGCACGUGCUAUCAUAUGGUUUGACGUCACUCAUCGGUCUGAGGUGCAUCGCAAACGCAUGGAGAGAUCAAAUCGAGCUAAGUCGGAGCACCUCUAGGGUUGGUGGCGCUGUUUUACUCACAAUCGACGGCCGCACCUCAGUCUACGGUGUGACUGCCGGGCACGGUCUAGUUCAUCAAUAUUUGAACAGUUCACCACAAACUGUAGACGAUCUUUACGGCGAUGGGGUGUCGGAUGAUUCAGGCUCUGAGUCUGAAGACGAAACAGACUCUCAAUCUCUCAGUGCCGGAAGCACUUACGCAAAAGCUAGAUCGUCGAUUGAUUCUUCUGUUGACCUCAGCGAUGUGGGAUGGACGACUAUCGAUCAUGGCGUCUCAGCAGCUUUCGGUGGUGCUCGGUUCCUUCGAACUCCUCAAACGGUAUCACAGCCAGGGAAAUUAGAUGUGGAAGACACAUUGUCCGGUGACCUCGCUCUUUUCCCUCUGGAUUCCCUUCAUCGUCCGGGGUUGACCAAUAAUUACAUCCAACCAAGCAAUCUGGAAGCGAAAGAAGUGACCUCGAUAUCGGAAAAUGAUUGUGAAAUCCCUCUUCCGGUAUUCGUUCUGCUUGAUCCCGAGCAAGUGCUGAGCGGGACUAUCCAACCUGGCAAAUUUCACUUUAGCAUGGGCGGAGUACCAAUCGAUGCCAGACAAUUAAGGCUUUCUAGAGACUUAGCCCCAGGUUCCUCUGGGUCAUGGGUUGUGCACGAUCAGACAUUGUACGGCAUGAUUGUGGCGAUCUUCCCCGGAGAGUGCACGGCGCUCAUGGUCCCAUCCAAGAGGAUGCUAAGUGAUGUCAAGAUGUUGUGUCCAGGCGUAACAGAUAUUUCCGUUGCCAUCAAACAUUAG